GUGCUGUUUGUCUCCUCUCAUUAUAGGAGCUAUCCUCAACCAAAUAACGUGUAUGAGGUGUCCUUGGAUAGACCUUGAAGUGUAGUUUCAUAAUUGAGUGGUCUUUGUUCGAGUAGAGAGAGCUUAUCUUACAAAAAUCGAGCUGGAGUGAGUGGUGGUCUGUGAACUCGAGCUGUGAGAGUGCUGAGACUGUUUGGUUGAUAUCUCGAGUUUUACCAAUUCAAUUAAGGCGUGUGAGAUACCAAAAGAAAUCUCUCAAGACGAGGAAUCCGUGAAGGUCUGGUUUGCAUCAAUCGGAGUAGAGGAAGGCUUCCAAAUCGUCCGAGCAGAACGCGACCUCGCAGGAACGGAUUUACUCUUCUAAGAAUCGAGUUAGCCGGAAAACACUCGUUCUAGGGGCUGUUUUCGUAUCAACGAUUAGGGGUUGAAAUAGCAACUUGAGGAGGCUGUUUAGCACCCAUUUUCAAGCAAGGAACUAGUUCCCAAUCUUCCUUGGCCGAGGCUUUGGUCAUUGGAUCGAGGAGGAAGGUUUUAAAGCUCAUUUGAGGUGAGGAUCGACAUCUAGUUGCUUACAACUUGUAGGUUAAGCAUGAGAUUACCUAAAUGCCCAAAUAAUGUUUUCCAUGGAUUAUGAUGAUAAAUUAUUGAUGGAAUAUUGAUCUAUUUUCCAAAGAAUGAAAUGAGAAAUGAUUUGGCAAAGUAUUGAUAAAAAUGGAGUUAAAAGAACUAUUGUGUGAAAUAGUCAUUUUACUCAUGUGUGAAUUGUGUAGAUACAUAAAUGAUUAUUUAUGUAUUACAUUGAAUGAUUAAGUUGCUGCUACAUAUCUCUAAAUAUGUAGGGUUUUAUAAAUGGAAUAUAUGAUGGAUAAGAAUAAUCUUAAUAGUAUGGAAAUACUAGUUAAUGAUUGUUGUAAUUGUUAAGGGAAUUGAAUCUAAGGAUUUGAUUAUAAUUGAUGUACUUGAUUGUGAUGCAAGUGACAAAUUUGAUGUAAUGUGAUGCUAUGACCAUGGUUGGGCAGUCCGUAGGGAUGUCCCAAAAUAGAUUAUUGAUAUUACAAUUCUAGGCAUAGUGAGUGCUUAGGAAUUGGGGUCUAUGCCAAUGUAAGGAGAUGUACUUGAGCCCGUGCUCAUAGAAUUGCAUUGGGUAGACAUGAUGAGGUGAUUGUUGUGCAUGGUGAUGUAGUCGAGUUGAACUCGAGAAAUGCACGGUGGAGUAGUUAGCUUAUGUUAAUUAAGGUGCAUGGUGAUGUAGUCGAGUUGGACUCGAGAAAUGCAUGGUGGAGUAGUUAGCUUAUGUUAAUUAAGGUGCAUGGUGAUGUAGUCGAGUUGGACUCGAGAAUGCAAACAUAUGUGUUAGGGUUGAACCCUAUGUAUUAUUGUGACUAGGGGUCACGGGAUUUUGGGGUAUGUUUGAUAAACAAACCUUGGGCCUACGGGGCCGACUACUUGACUUUAUAUAUAAAGUAAGUAUAUUUUAAAACGGGGUAACUUGGGGUUACGGCCUAGAUUAUAUUAUCACCCUAUUUGAGGGUCUUGUGUUUGAAAUACUGGUUGUAUAUCUAUUAGAUGCCAUCCACACCAGCACUUUAUAGCCCUAUAGAGUGCUGACCCCUUCGGGGGCGUCCCACCACCAUUUUUCAGGUUGAGGCUAGAGCUUGCUUCCUGUGCUCGUUGCUUGAGAGAUCAUAUAGGAGGGAAGACUUGGUUCGUGCUUCCUCCAUUCUGUUUUUAAACAUUAAUAAACAUGCUCAUGGAUAUUUUUACUAUAGAGCCUGCGUGCUCAUGAAUAGCCAUGUGUGGCCUUUUGUUUUAAACAAUGUUUUCCGCUGCGUUAUGAAUUACUUAUUAUGUUUGUUUAUGGAUGUACAUGUGUGAAUGAUAUUCAAGACGCCUUGUAUAAUAUGAAUGUGUUGGACUGCGGUUGACUAUUCGUAUUGUAUGGCGGGUUGUUGACGUGUCCGGAUAGGUCCGGGGGCGUGACAAGUUGUUCGUUCCUGGUGCUGAUACUGCUUGCUUUCUUCGAAGGGAUGAUGGAUUGGAUACAAAUCAUGGUAGUACCAAUCCGGCUUGAAAUCUGGGCACGUUUCAUAGUACCAAUUUGGAUUGUGAUAUUGGUUGAAGCAACUCCUUGCUACUGCUCCAGUGUCCUUGGGUCUGCUUAUAGAACAUCCUACGGGAUGAGAGAACUGAUACUGAUCGCGGCAACCUGUGCUGAAAUGGGGAGAAUUCCAGCAACAGCAGAAAUGAUUUCUAUUGAUGUUGCGGUAAGGAUUCCGGCGUUGAUGCCGGAAAUCCAUUUGGGAGUUAGGACUUGGUCGGAUUUUUAGUGAGAUGAGGGUGUUUCUCUCUCAUCUUAUCCAGUAAAAGUAGUUUACCUUAUGCAUAUUGCAUAAAUGAUGACCAUUCAUUUAACUAUUUAUCUAUUUAACUAUUUAUCUAUUUA